GGCCCGAGUGUGUUGACACUGAGUUGUCGCACCUUAAUUCAAGUUGUCAUUUGAUCCUGCAUUGUGUAUCUAAUCCAUUAUAAUAACAUGGCACACAACCACCCCACAUACUCGCUCAGGAGUAGGCAUGACAGUAUGUGUGAAGACUGCGAUAACACAGGGAAUUCAGGAAGUGACACGGCGACAUCAUCAGCAGGGGGUUCACCAGGGAACACUUGUGUGGAGGGACCUAGUGAUCACUCUACCACCGUGGCUGAGAGGUUAGGGCGGCCCACGUCACCAGCAACAGGGGAGCAGGAGGAAAGGGAGGCCACUGUCCCUAACAUCACACCAUUGCCAGAUAAUACUUCUACAUCACCUGUGACACUGGAAGCACUCAUGCAAUUAUUACGGCAGAGUAAUACUCAACUAAAUGCGAAAUUAGAACAGAACAAUACUCAAAUGGAGCAGCAUAAUGCAUCCCUAAAUGCAAAAUUAGAACAGAACAAUACUCAAAUGGGGAGGCUUACGACUGAGUUGGGAGCGCUGAGGGAUCAGACCAACUCAGGAUUAAAGAGCCUGGAACACAGCAUUGAGGUUAGGCUGGCCCAGCAACACGAACAGGUCCAGCAGAUAUCUGAGCAGGUAUCACAGAACAGUAGUCGUGUGGACAGUCUGGAGACUCAUGUAACAUCCAUACGAAACAUGAUCUCAAAUGAACACCAGGGACAAGCUAGUGCUAGGGAGGAGGUGCGAGGACAUCUCCAGCAUCUCGAACAUAGACUGGAGGACAUGAAGGUGGCUACUGCCACACUACGAGAUAGAAUCGAGCACCUUAGUGUACACCCCAGUCCCAGGAGUGAGUCAGCUGACCGCCAAGCUCAUGUACCGUCACACACAGCCCCUGUGUCAACUGUACCGACUGCCCCAGUAGACAGGCAACCGUACCCCAGUGAGAUGUACACAAUUCCACUGCUACCCAUCCACAAUCAUCCUACCGUUCAAAUGGAUCUGCCCAGAGAAACCCCUGUAUUGAGCCCAUCCAACAUUGAUGCGGCCACGCUCAUGCACCAUCCAGCUAAGCAUUGGGCAGAAGCUAUGCCCACGUUUGCUGGCAGAGCUACAGAGAACCCCAUCCGUUUUCUGAAAAGAUUUGAGGAAUACACCUCAACCUUUCAUUUGAGAGAUACAGAGAUACUGAAGUGUCUCAACAGCGCCCUGAAAGGACCGGCAUUUUAGUGGUGGGAGAUGCUGAGUGCAUCAACGCAUAGUUACGCCCAGUUCCAGUCCCUGUUCCACAACCAGUAUUGGAACAUCCGAAUACAGAGUCACCUCCGUGCACAGCUUCACACGGAGAAGUAUGACCCAAGGAAGUGCGCGUCCUUGGAAGCGCAUCUAUCAGCAAUGUUUGAGAAGACACGCUACUUGGAUCAGCCCAUGACGGAUGAUGAAUUCAUCGCGGCCAUCCUCACGCAGCUUCCACUCAAGUAUCAGAAGCAGUGGUCAGGCCUGCCGUACCGUGAUGUGACAGAGUUCCGCGAGCGCCUUCUCAAUUAUGAUAAACUUGAGAAAAUGGACAGAGCACCCAAUACCAAGGAGGAGAGUGAGAGGGUAUCACAGCCCCACCGACAACAGCCAGUCCACAACUACUGGCAGAAUCGCGAGGGAAAACCCAAGGAGCUCAGACAGGCAGCGGUAAACACAAUGAACUGGCAGCCAAGAGGAGGAGGACCUAGCCGGAACGAUCAAUACCAGACAGGCUACAGGAAGACCCCCUAUUACAAGAGAAAGACGUGGUGGUCCAACUCCAGGAAUUACCACAGCGAUGACGAAGCAAACCACCGCCGGAGGCAGGGGGACUACCGACACAACAAGCGAAGAUCAUUCUCGCCAGAGUCACGGCCACCCAGGGAGUCAGCAGACCGCCGCCGGAGAGCAUCGUCAGAAGACGAGCUGGAGUACUGCAAGAAGUACCGCCGUACCGACGAGCCCCGCUACAACGGCAAACCUGAGGACUACCGCCCGCCAUACCACUAUGCCCCCAGGACUCACGAGACAAGUGGCGGCCAUGCCCAGAACAGCCACCUCUCGUACAACCGGAACACACAGAUGACAGCAUUCCCACCACCAUUUGCUGCACCGUCUACAUCUCAGCAGACGACGUACUACAACCAGGGACCAGCAAAUCAGGUGGCAGCAGAAUUAAAAGCUGCUGUGUCUGAAGCAGCAGGGAACCGACAGUGGAAUUGUCAAGAAGGAGCCAGAUCACCAGCUCCAGGUGGACGUGCCAACACGGGCACGUUAAACUAGAAAGGAUCGGCGGCGAUCAACCCUGAAUUUAUUCCCCAUUGUGACAAGGAGCCCGAAAGGACAAGACUACCCACAGGAGAAGAAGUGGAAGCAUUCGUAAGGAUGAAGCUCACAGCAGAAGCUGAUGUACGAAGAAGAAGGAAACCAGCAUCCAAAUUGUCUAAAUUUAAUCUCGGCGACCUUGUGCUCAAGAAAACAUCUCCUGUCAGCAAGGCAUGGGAGAAUGUCACCAGGAAAUUAUUUUUGCUUUUCGACGGACCAUAUGUCAUAACUGACAUAGUUCAAGAGAACUGUUAUGCUCUGGAAGACCCAUCUACAGGCCGACCAGUAGGCCGGUAUAAUAUUUCGCAGUUGAGAGCCUACAAGAAACCUGUGUCCCAGUGAACAAGUUCGGCACAAGCUAGUGAAACACCUGUAUAGUACGAGUAUAGGUACUAUAACAGCUGAGCGCAAUCGGAAUGUCUAGGUCAGAGCCAGGACCUGACCAGUAUAAAUGUGAAAGGUAUUAAAUGGUUACUGUGUAAUUUGAUACGCCAUGUGAGGCGUAUUGCAACCACUGACAGGUACCUAAUGUGUAGCGGAAGUGUGAUACCCGCUUGGUACAUUAUCGUCGCGUCGAUGCGGAAGUGCAAUUCCCGCUUAUUAUUGCCUGUAGUGAGGUGAAGUGAAAUGCCACCCACACAGAUGUAAUGAAUCUUCGAAUUUAAUAGUGUAUUAUGUGUAUAAUAUUGUUUGUCAGUUGGUCUGCAUUAUUCUUCGUGUGAGUAUAAGUUCACUAACAGUAAUAUCUGAAUCUAUGUAAUGAGAUGCGCCUAUCUGUAAGUACUAUCAUACUAACUAGCAAAAAGAAAUGUCAAGCUUAUGUGUUGUCGACUAACUUGUGUGAGAGAAGUAUGGCCUAGCUGUGUAAACAUGGGUGAGCACUGUUCUACAAAGCAUCUAAGAAGCACAUGAACACUUUGCAACUACUAGCAUAAUAAUAAUAAUAAGGUUACCUUGAAUUACUGAUGUGGUUACUCCAAUUUUUCCGAAGCACAACACACCACUGAAUUUAUUAAGAAUCGCCGAGAUUUAUUUAUUUUUGUUAUUAAACACUGCUGGAGAAGAAGAUGAAAAAAAUAUAUAUAUAUAUUUUUUUUUUUGCAAAUUUAAUACUUUUGUUUUACAUGAAUUCUAUGAUUGAAGUAGGGCUUUGCAAAUGAUCUCAUAGGGUUGCAUUCUGCCCUGAAUGCAGAGUAGAAAAGUAUGCAUUCCUUUCGCAUACAAAUCCACUCAGUAUUAGAAAGCUAUUUCUUUAAAUUAACUUGAUUUGGUUAUUUUAAAUAAUGAUAUUUAUGAAAUGAUAACGAGAUAUAUACGAACGACUGUGUUAUUUAUUGUGAAAAAAAAACUAUACAAAAGACUUUAAUUUCAUUCAACGUGGCACUUGAGAUUUUGUUUGUUUAUAUUUGCAAUCGUCGAGUAGGCGAAUAUGAUGUCAAACGAAGACCUGAAAAACUCAAUGUCUAACAACUAUGUCGAGGACUUAGUACACUGUUGCAGUAAAUGUCAGCAGGCUGUAUUAUAAACAAGUACUAAGUUACUGCAAAAUUGAGCCAGCCAGAAAAGAAAAAAAAGAAUUUUUUUUUUGCAAGCUAUCGUGAAAGCAUUUUUUUUGUUUCACUUGGCUUUGUCAGGAUAGAAUUAUCCUUUGCAUCGAGAUCAUGAAUCUCAAGUGAUUUUAACAAGAAACAAUUCCUAUCAGAGAAAUUUCUGAAUGAUAUGAAUACACAGUCAGGAUCCUGCGAAGCCCGCAUCGGAUGCCUGAAAACGAAACUAAUGGUUGAGAUGAGAGGGAGACUGCUAUACACUUUCCAAAUAGCUGUUUGCGUUAUAUGAGAACCCAGGUGAUUACAGAAAAAAAAAAAUACUAACUUGCUAGAAGUGGUAGAAAUAAAAGUUCACCAGACACUCGAGUAAAAUAAAAGAAAAAGAAA